AUGACUAAGGGCCCCGGGACGGGCAAGGGGUGGUUCGGCGUCGGCUUUUCCAAGGACGGCAAGAUGAAUGGCGAUGCGAUCAUCGCGGAGAGCAUGCGCGCCGGCGCGCCCAGGCUGCUGACGCUCGACGGCCACAGCAGCGUGACCGACGCGACUGGGUGGGCGCCGACGGGACUGAAGAUCAUCAAGAAACCCUCGGGUUCACUCGCACCACGUCGGACGGCGGGGUGGUGGCGCUGA